UUUCAGACCGUAGUAGGAACUUUUUUUUUCUCGUUGCAAGAGCACUGUUAUACUGAUCCCCCGCAGCCCACACCAUGAUCGCUUUCCGCGCGGACCCGCUGGAGCUUCUCUUCGGGAACGAGAACAGAAAUCACACCGCCGCUUCGAAGCGUAGUGAGAGUUUAUUUGGGAACAACCGCGGCGGCGCUCCUUCCGAUCAGGCGUUCUUUCGCCGGGCGCGGAGCAAGAGAAGCAGCGCAAUCGGACAACGAUCGCACCACGCGCAGCAAGGACCACUUACGGAUGAGGAAAGCUGCUUGUCUGUCGAAGCCACCACCAAUGCCGGGCCGACGGGAUCCGACAAGCCACGAACGCGAAUUUUUUCCAAGAGAAAUCGCGAGUCGGUUGUCUAUGUACUCGGGGACGCGGAACAAGAAGGAGAGGACAGCGCGGGCUACUUCGCUGCGGAAGACGGCGGUGAGAACGGAGUAGAAUUCCGGAUCAACAAGAACCGAGCAUCCUCAAGCAGCAAUUCCACCAGUUACCAAUCUUCUGAGUCUCCGCGCACAGACAUCCAGGUCCCCUCGGUACUAUCUUCGGAAGACGAUCGUCUGUGGAGUUUGGGCAACGGUUUCUCCGUGGUGAAUGGCAACUCCGCGUUUUAUUUUCCGACCAGCGGUAGCGUUCGCGGGCCGCGGCGCCGCCAAACUCCCGUUCGCGGAUUCCUUCGCGCGCCGGAGCGUGUACUACUAGUUGAAUCUUCCUCCUCCGACCGUGGAGACGGGAAAAUGCAGAUCUUCUCUGACAAAAGCCAAACGGAUAUGGUCUCCUCCGGCUCGGCAAAGGAAGCUGAGCAGAGAUCAGCCCCGGUUUCGGUGUUGCCAAGAUCCGCACAAGGCAUCGUCGAGGGAUCAUGCGACGUGGACCUACUUUCAUCUGCGCAUCAAGAAAGCCUCAGCGAGCUCCGAGUGCCGGGGGCCGUUGCGGAACGUGGUCAGAGCACUAGCGGGUUCUUGGGAAACGACGAAAAAGCCGACAAAAGGCAACAACCCAAGUCGCGAUCCUCCACGACAAGCACGACGGCGAGCGAGCAAGAUGUAGACCGCAGCGUGGAAAAUUUGCGAGGAGACGGGCCGCGGUUUGGUGCCACGUCAGGUAUUAUUAGCCCAGAGGUCGUCGUUCCAGGGGAUUUCAAAACUACGGCAGGACCGACGACGACCUGUGCGUCCUGCCCGGACGAGGUGGACCUCCUUCCCGACCCGCUGUGGUUUCAUAUUUUUCUCUAUCUCCCGGCGUCCGACUGGGUUUCGCUGUCGGCAACGAACGGCUUUUUUUACCAACUCGCGGUGACGGCGCAGGACCUGCUGGCGGCCCGGAUCUCCCCGCUGCAGUUGGUGCCGAGUAGGAACAAUAUGGGACGAGCUGGAGGACCUGCGCCGGGUGAGCAGCAUCCCUGGAGGGGUUGUGCAGCUGUGGAAGUAGAUGCAAGCCUUGAUGUUAAUACGAGGACACCAGGCAAGAGUACUAACUUCGCACCGGAACAACUAAGUUUAUACUCUUUGCAGCGACUGGCGCGGCUGGAAGAGUGCUACGUCUUCGACGUUUUCGACCAGGUCGGGGAACCCGACUCGCAGAGGAAAGUAUCCGUGGACUUCCGUGGCGACGAGGCCAUUCAAGGUGUGAAGGACUUGGUGGUAAAGCACGUCCAGCACUACACUAGCAGCAGCAGCGGCCGAGGACAGGAUGCUGAAACACCAGCGUCGGAGGUCGCGGACGGGAAGAUCGGCUCCGGGCUUUUUGCGGGCGCGGAAGGAGGUGCGCAGUUCUGCAUCCAGAGAUGGAACCAGUUUCGUGCCUGGUGCCAGACGGUCGAGUGGAUCGACCGGCACGCGCUGCUGGGGAACACGGCGGCGAGCGCGGCCGGGAGAGGGAUUGAGAGGCUCGUCGAUAAAGUAGAGAACGAACAAACGCGGGGGCCCACAGAGGAGAAGCUGUCGGGGUGUGCGACGAAAAUGACGUUCUUGCCGGCGUCGUCUUCCUCGUCUUCAACUGCAUGCCUGCGUUCAGCCACCUCGAGACGUUCUGGUACUGUAAGCCCUACUUCCGCGGUCGGAGAAAGCCACGAGGGAACGAAGCACAGUCAUCUCUCGUCUUCGGGACAAGAAAAAGCGUUUGUUUCACCGCAACAUAAACAGAGACGCACCACCCGAGAAAUGACUGCAGCUACCACAACUACCGAGGACGAAAUUUUCCCGCUGCACCUCCCGCCCCAGCCGCGCACUUCGUUCCUCCGGCUGCCCCUCACCCCGCGGUGCGAGUACUUCCGCCGAGUCGGACUUCCGGCCGGGGUCCUUCCGGGGCGGAUCAGCGUGCGGUUCCGGCUGCAGAAUUUGUUCGCGGAGGAGCGGGAGGACGGCGACCGCGGGCUCCUUCCGGCCGAAGACCACCAGCGCGGGUUGUUCACCUGCGUGUGGCGGAGCGGGGGCGCGACGGAAGUCGGCAAACUGGAGUUCCGCAACAAGCAUCGUCAAGUCUUCGCGAGCAUCGGGCUCCGCCGCCCGUGGCUGAAGCGGUUCGCCAAACCACGGGGAAAGGGCAGUAUCUGGGGACGAAAAGCCUUUGCUUUACCGCGACUGCCCUCGAUGCCGUUUCGUACGAUAUUAACCCGGUGCAGUAAUUCUUGUGCAACGGAGAUGAAGAACCCCAACAAUAAAGCAGCAACUGGUGCGGCCAGUACUAUCGAAGCAGCGGCCGGGAAUGGUGGAAGUAAGAAUGACUCUUCCUCCGAGGGACGAGAACAACAAGAACCGGGUUAUCAUGAUGAAGAAGCUGCUGGUACUGGUGCGCCGUCCUCGUGCGCAGACACGGAUUCGUCCACCAGCGACGAGGAGCCAGACGUGACGGCGACGAAGCAGGCGUUUUUUCUGGACGUCAAGCAGUACGCGAACUUCCACUGCCGGGUGCCCGACGUGCGAAACCCCGCCGGCCCCUGGCAGGACCACUUCACAAAUGACCUGCUGCUGGAGGGAACGGCCCAGCUGGAAAUCACGGAGGCAGAGGAAAAGGAUUGGAUCGAUGUGGAUUUUAUAAGAUACGAUGAUUUUUACGGUGCUCCGUAUUUUUCGGAAGAUGAUGAUGAUGCGCGUGGUUCUUAUCAUCCGACGUGUACAACUACUUCUACUUCCGCACGUGGUAGUUUGUCCAAGCCCGCGUUGCAGAUCUGGUGCAAUAAGAUGCUGGUCGCUGGCGUCUCGACGAAAGAGGCGUUCAAAAAGGUGGAGAAGCGGUUGAAGAGCCGCGUCCACCACCGCUUGGAGACCGACCUAGAAACGGUGGAGUUGCGAGGCGGCGCCGCUCCAGACCCGCAGGGACAGCAAGCGAGCCGGGCGUGCAGCGUGAAUUUUGACUUGCAACACAUUUUGUAUGCGAGAAAGUAGCUGCAGAGUAGCGAAAAACUUUUAGACGUUGUUUUACUAAUGUAGACCAACCAAAAUGAAUAAUAUUGUCUUACAACUACCCGGUUGUGAAGAUAUUUUCGGUUUCGCUGUCUGUUUCUCAGUCAUUCUCCUGGAGCUUCAAAUUUCAUGGAAGAGCCUUGAUAUUGAAAGACCUUGUCGGAUUUCUCCUGUUUAUUCUAGAGUCAAUAGCAGAUUUGCCUCGCCUCUUUUCCUUGUGGCGAACCAUUCCAAGAAAACAGAACCUAGUUACUCACAACACUUCUCUGCGUGUAGUUCGCAGAACUUGAGCUUCGUUUUGUGUAUACUUCUCCUACGUGACGUUGCAACCUUCGUCAAAAAUCACAGAGCUUUUGCUUUAGAGGUUUGGUUUUGUUUAUUUCAGGCGACGAAAAAUAAAUGUAGCAAAGGCAAAUCAAUGGAACUGAUGUUUAAAUUUUCUUCGUCGAAUCCCCAAGAAGCUGAAGGUGAUCAGGGUGCAAGCAUCGCGCGGUACCGCCACUGCAGCUGGUUUGUUCUGC